GUUGAUUUGCUGAGACGUAGAAUUUUUAAAAUUAAAUUUUAAUAAAAUGCAACAAAAACCAAUUUAUGUGCUUUGUUUAUGGUUACUUAGCGAAUUUUUGUAUUUCACGCACGCUAACUUGAACGAUGAUGGUGUGCUCCAGGAAACCAAUAGAGCGCAGCAAUACCCAAGUAUUGAAUCGAUACAGCAGCAGAAUCUUCAAUUGCUGCAGGAAACGCUGGAGCUGGGCUGGAAGUCAUUCUGUGAAGCACCCGUUGACGAGUCUGUUAUGUUCCUUCACAGUGGCAUAAAUCCCUGCGAUGCCAGUAUACACGUGAUGACGCUGACUAAUCAAAGCAUUCGACUGCCCAUCAAAGCAAUUUCUGAAAUAAGCGAUUUCGAUAUCAAUCCCAAGCGUAAAACGCUCAUCUACGUGAAUGCUUUCUACACGCUCGAUAGCUAUUUCAGCGUGCAAGCGCACCUAAAGCUACUACAGGCGACACGUCGCGAUCUGAAUAUUGUGCUUGUGGAUUUCGCCAAAGACGUGCUACAACUGUAUAAUACGGUGCGGCAUCACGUUGUCGUGCAGGCUCAUUUUGUGGCGAAAAUACUCAACGUGCUGACUCAGCAAGGCAUCGCCCCAGAGGGCAUCACCUUGGCGGGUCAUUCAGUGGGCGCUAACAUUGCAGCAUUAGCAGCGCGCAUCUACGCUAGCCAAGCGACAACGCUCGACGUGCGUAUGGGACAAUUAGUAGCCAUUGAUCCGGCGCUGAUGUGUCGACCGUCGGACAUUUACGUGCAUGCCAAUGUCAGUACUCGCGUCGUAGUCAUACACGGUGAGGGUGAUGUGUUUGGCGUGCGCGAACGACGGGGUACCAUCGAUAUCUAUCCGAAUGGCAUUGGUUUCUUUUCGCGUCGUAAAUUACAACCAGGCUGUAGCACGAAGAUUUGCAGUCAUAUGUACGCGUUUGUAUUAUUUAUGGAGGCGCUGAUCGAGGGUGUUAUGAUACCGGCAGUGAAGUGCGAUAGUUGGUCAAAUUUCCGUAGGCGGCAAUGCGAUUUCAGUGAUUCGGUGGCGAUUGGUUUGAAGUACCCUGCUAAGGCCAGUGGUGUCUACUUUUGUUUAACACAAGCAAAUCCACCUUUCACAUUCAUGGAAUAUGGCAUAAAGUAUCAGCGAAGCAUGGUCUCCAGAAGCGCAACAAAUUUAGUGUAGCAUAUGCGUUGGUGAUGAGGACCAUAAAUUAUUACAUAAAUGAGAACAUAAGACUUUAGAAUAAGUAAAAGUUAGUGCUUAAGUAAUUUGUUCCUAAGUAAUUAAAACACA